UCACCAGCGUGUGAUCUGGCUGCGGAAAAUAAACCCACAGCAUCUUAAAUCUAACGGAUUCUUAUUUAACAAGACAGUAAAAUCUGUCGCAGAUGAGCCAUCACUCCUCUCGGACUGGAGUGACCUCCAGCGUCAUUUUGGGAUGAUGGAGAUGAAAGUGGCGAUGAUGAAUGCGGCUGUUUUUUUCUGUGCAAACCGCCAACUUUCGUUCCCCCUUUUCUUCUCUGUGUGUCUCUAAAAUACAACACGAUGCAGAUCUCCCCAAGCGAAGACAAGAUCCCGGUUGUGGAUCCAGCUUCAAGCCCUCGGGAUAACGACGAAGGCCACUACUUUGCUGAUGGCCAACGUAAAGUUGACUACGUUCUGGUCUUCCACUGGCAUAGGCACAGUUCCUUACGAUCUCUUGUCAACACCUCAGUUUCACAGGACCGGUUAUCUGUUGUUUCCAAUGGCAACUUUCCCCUGACAGUGGGCUCAGAAGCAACAGCGGGAAAAAAAGUGGCCAAGCCGGUAGUAGAUGCUGCAUGUGUUGGUGAGGUGUUCAUGGAACUUGGAUCUGCAGGAGGGCAUGAUCAUGGAGAAGCUGCUGACAAAGAGAUGCGUCUGAUCAGAGAAGAGUUUGAGGCCAACUUGCAGGACGCCGGCCUCGAGAUAGAGAGAGACAAAGACGUUAAGGCCCAUGGCCCCAGCUUCACCCGGCUCCAUGCACCCUGGCCAGUAUUGUGUCGAGAGGCAGAGUUUCUCAGGAUUAAAGUUCCCACCAAAAUGAGUUAUGAACUUAAAGAAGAAACUGGUUUUGGAUCCAGUAUGAGCACAGUGUGGAGGAAGCUGAGUCAACCUUUCCAACCCAAAGUACCACGUCAGGAACAAGGACACACCAAAUUUCUUUCACACUGCUUCUCUAGGGAGAAAAUCCAAAUGUACAACAUCACAUCCAAAGAGACAUUCUUUGACAGCACUACAAGGAGUCGAAUAGUGUAUGAGAUCCUGAGACGGACAGUGUGUGUACGAACCUGUCAAACCAUAGGCAUCAACACAUUGAUAGCUAAAGGUGCAUAUGAGGCUGCCUUCCCUCUUCACGAUGGUGACUAUCAUCACACCGCCAAUGAAAACCCUGAGGAGAAGAAUGACAGGCAGCCGGAUGGUGAGAGAGGAACCAAGCUGGACCCAGAAUGCAGAGUAUCGAUUCAGAUUCUGUAUGAAGAGUGGGCCAGCUACUCAUCCUUUUUCAAGUAUCAGCCCAUUGAUCUUGUCAGGAACUACUUUGGAGAGAAGGUCGGCCUUUACUUUGCAUGGCUGGGUGUUUACACUCAGCUGCUAAUUCCAGCCUCCUUAGUGGGGAUCAUUGUGUUUUGCUACGGGGUGGCAACAGUGGAUACUGAUAUACCCAGUCUGGAGAUGUGUGACGAGCAGCAUAAUUUCACCAUGUGUCCUCUGUGUGACGCGGGCUGUGACUUCUGGCAUCUCAGGACUGCAUGUGCCACAGCCAGAGCUUCACAUUUCUUUGACAACCCUGCCACAGUCUUCUUCGCCAUCUUCAUGUCUUUGUGGGCGGUGCUAUUCCAGGAAAACUGGAAGCGUCGUCAGAUGAGUCUCUCCUUCAGAUGGGAUAUGACGGGUGUCGAGGAGGAUGAGGAACAUCCCAGACCAAAAUAUGAGACCACCCUCCUUCAGAAGAGACAGAAGAAGCAAAAACAGAAGAAAAAGAAGAAAAAGAAUGAGCCAGAGAGGCAGGAGGGCGGGACAGUGACAGGGAAGGACAGAUGGAGACAAAAGCUACUGUCUGCCAUGGCUGCAGGGACACCGAGUGAUGUAGACAGGUUGACCUGGAAAGACCGUCUUCCUGGAUACUUCAUCAACAUAUCAUCUAUCCUCUUUAUGUUUGCACUGACAUGCUCCGUGGUUUUCAGUGUCAUCAUGUACCGCAUCACAAUGGUGGCUCUUAUGUCAGUGAGCUCUGACCCAGCAAUCAAGGCUAAUGUUCGGGUGACAGUGACAUCCACCUCUGUCGUCAUCAGCCUUGUGGUUAUUCUGAUUCUUGACGAAAUCUAUGGAAGUGUGGCAGCGAAGCUGACUGAACUAGAGAUUCCUAAAACAGAAACCAGCUUUGAGGAGCGUCUCAUCCUGAAAGCCUUCCUGCUCAAGUUUAUGAAUGCUUAUGCACCCAUCUUUUAUGUGGCUUUCUUCAAAGGACGGUUUGCAGGUCGACCUGGAAUGUAUACAUAUGUUUUUAACCACUACCGGAUGGAAGAGUGUGCUCCAGGAGGCUGCCUCAUUGAAUUAUGCAUUCAGCUCAGCAUCAUCAUGCUGGGGAAACAGCUAAUUCAGAACAACGUAUUUGAAAUUGGCAUUCCGAAGUUGAAAAAGCUGGCACGUGCAAUAAAAAAUAAAGGAUUGGUUGAGAAGGAGAAAAAGGAGGAGAAACCUCCACAGCAGUGGAAACUGGACUACACUCUGGAGUCCUUUGAUGGCCUCACACCUGAAUACAUGGAGAUGAUCAUCCAGUUUGGUUUCGUCUCUCUGUUUGUGGCUUCAUUCCCACUUGCUCCUCUCUUCGCCCUGCUCAACAACGUCAUCGAGAUCAGACUGGAUGCCAAGAAGUUUGUUACAGAGUUACGCAGGCCAGUAGCUGUACGGGCUAAAGAUAUUGGUAUAUGGUACAACAUACUGAGUGGAUUGGGAAAAUUUGCUGUGAUUAUAAAUGCCUUUGUGAUUGCCUUCACAUCAGACUUCAUCCCUCGGCUCGUCUACCAGUACGUGUACAGCCCGACUGGCACCAUGCAAGGCUUCACUGAUUCCACACUCUCUUAUUUCAACGUUUCUGAUCUUAAAGCUGGCACAGUACCACAGAACUCUGCACUUGGAGAGGUCACCAUCUGCCGGUACAAAGACUACAGGGAACCCCCCUGGUCUCCAGAACCAUACCAGCUCACCAAACAGUACUGGUGUGUCCUCGCUUCAAGAUUGGCUUUUGUCAUACUGUUCCAGAACCUGGUGAUGUUUCUUAGCCUGUUGGUUGAAUGGGUCAUCCCCGACGUCCCCAGAACUAUCAUGGAGCAGCUCAAACGGGAAAAGAAGCUCUUGGUUGACGUGUUCCUACAGGAAGAGAAGGAAAAAUUGCAGCUCAUUCAGAGCCUGUUUUCCAAGGACAACCCCCUCCAGACAGCCAACUUGCCCUCAGGCCCAGGCUUCCCCAUCCCAGGCCACUCUAGUGCUCUAGCCACAGGCCUUGCACAGACUAAGGUCAUUGUCAACUUCAGGAGGAAGAAAACCAACAUCUUGCCACUGUAUAUCAGCGGGGACCGUGUGGAGAGGGUGCCAGCCUUCCACUUUCUGGGAGUUCAUAUUGAGGAGGAUCUGACCUAG